AUGUCCCACCCCAGUGCCCCACCUCCAUAUGAGGACCGCAACCCCCUGUACCCUGGCCCUCCGCCCCCGGCGGGCUAUGGGCAGCCGUCUGUCCUGCCCGGUGGGUACCCUGCUUACCCACAGCCUGGCUAUGGUCACCCUGCUGGCUACCCACAGCCUAUGCCCCCCAUCCACCCGAUGCCCAUGAACUACGGCGCAGGCCAGGGCUAUGAUGGGGAGAGAGCAGUGAGUGACAACUUCGGGUCUGGAGAUUGGGAUGACAGGAAAGUCCGACAUGCCUUCAUCCGAAAGGUUUACACCAUCAUCUCCAUCCAGCUGCUCGUCACGGUGGCCAUCAUUGCUAUCUUCACCUUUGUGAAGCCGGUCGGCCAGUUCGUGAGGGCAAACCUGGCUGUCUACUACGCAUCCUAUGCUGUCUUCCUGGUCACCUACCUGACCCUCGCCUGCUGCCAGGGACCCAGACGCCGUUUCCCAUGGAACAUCAUUCUGCUGGCCCUCUUUACUCUUGCCAUGGGCUUCAUGACUGGCACCAUUUCCAGUGUGUAUAACACUAAAGCUGUCAUCAUUGCAAUGAUCAUCACUGCUGUGGUGUCCAUUUCAGUCACGAUCUUCUGCUUCCAGACCAAGGUGGACUUCACCUCGUGCACAGGCCUCUUCUGUGUCCUGGGAAUUGUGAUGAUGGUGACUGGGAUUGUCACGGCCAUUGUGCUGUCCUUCAAAUAUAUUUACUGGCUGCAUAUGGUCUACGCCGCUCUGGGGGCCAUUUGCUUCACCUUGUUUCUGGCUUACGACACACAGCUGGUCCUGGGGAACCGGAAGCACACCAUCAGCCCAGAGGACUACAUCACGGGUGCGCUGCAGAUCUACACAGACAUCGUCUAUAUCUUCACCUUUGUGCUGCAGCUCCUGGGGGAUCGCAAUUAAGGAGCAACUCCUAUAUGCCCCACCCCAGGCUUUCCCUUCCCUAGAGGGCUGGGCCUUGUGACCUGGGUCUGGGCCUCAGACCCCUUUCUUUCCCCUCAAGUAACAUGCCCAUUUUCCUUCUGUCUGGGGAUGUGUGGCUCCUCUCUGGCUGUGGAUGUGUAGGUACCAGCUGGGGAUGGAGGAACUAGGGACUAACUCUUUCCCUUAGUGGACUCGACAGGGACCUAGACGAAAGAUGUGCCUUCUCCCUGCAUCUACUAGGGGCACCAAAUUCUUCUUAACAGCUGGGGUUGGAGUAGGGAGGAUGAAAAGAGCCUAGUCUGGAACUAAAAGGGAAUAUGAGAGGUAGAAGCGACUUCAUGGUCAUGAGGUUUCCCCUCCCACUUCUGCUACAGGCUUCUGGACUAGGUAGCUGGAGCUGUUUCCUCCCUGAGCCCCCAACAAAGCCACAGAGCUUUGCCCCAGCCUCCUGGACUCAUAGGCCAUUAUCCUGUACCCCUUUGGCAACUCUUGGCACCUUCCAGCUCAGGAAGGUAGAAAGGGUUUGCGCUUGUGGGUCUUCCCUGCUUCAGCCCCUACUUUUGAUAGCAUAUAUAUACUGAUUUGCCGGGUUAGGGGUGGGGAGGAAGAGAGUGAGCAAAGUCAAGCGCAGAGGCCAAUACAGAGCAGCAUCUACCCACGGCUUCCUCCUGGCUUAUGGUGGCAGAGAGCAGGCCCAUUUGUAGCCGUAUGGUCCCCAUUCUCCAAAGCUGCCUGGGCCUCCCUGGUGCUUCUGAGAUUUCUGGUUAGAGGGACAUCUUGCUUCCUUUGGUCAGGCUGCUCAGAGCAGAAAGUGAGGGACAAAGUUCAGGCGAUGAGGUGGUAUGUAGGAUCACCACUUUGUGGCAGCAUGGCCAGGAAGUAACCAGGGUGAAGAGAGACUGGGGUGUGGGCAGGGACAAUGCCUUGGGGUCCCUCACCCUGUCUGGGAGAUAUGGAAGCCUGCUGUGGUGCCCGUGGUUCUUCCCUUCUGCUGUCUUGGAGAGGGCCCUGAGAGAGAGACUGUCCCUCUUAGUUUGUUAACUCAUACUUGGGGGAUUAAAGACUCAGGCUCCAUCUCUCCAGCCAACUACUGCUUUCUUUGUGACACCAAGUGCCUCAAGCUGGAAUGGGGAAGGGAGAACAAGGGUCACUCUAUGGGGUGGGGUGGAAACCAAAUCAGCCCAAGGGUAUAAUUAGGACUUCUCUAUUAAGUACUUGGUCCUAAAUAUAUCCCACAAAAGGACAUAACUAGAAAUGUAAUAAAGUUUUAUGUUUAGAAGGUAAAA